CGGAAGUGUUCAGAGACUGGACGGUCUCUGUGUUUUAAAAGCUCUUUGGCUUGUUGUAAACGCACCAAUCAGCGUUCAGGCUGAAACGUCAUGUGACGAGAAACGGCCGUGACUUUGAGUGUCAGGAAAUCAGUUCGGGACUGGAGACAAAACCCAACACAGAAAACAAGGUGUACUGUAGAAGGUCACCACCAUGUCUGGAUCAAGGGACCCAAAUUUACUGGCCCAGACGAUUGGCUCAAACAUCCAGACCAUAACACAGCAGACAUCUGAAAUCCAGAGGAUAGUGAACCAACUCGGAACAGACAGAGACACGCCGGAUCUCCGACAGCGACUGCAGCAGAAACAGCAGUAUGCAAACCAGCUCGCUAAAGAAACAGAUAAAUGCUUGAAGGAGUACAGCUCAUUACCUGUCGCUCAAGAUCAGCGUCAGAGGAAGAUUCAGCGAGAGCGUCUGGUCAAUGAUUUCUCCAAUGCGCUAGCACUUCUACAGAAAACCCAGAGACAAGCUGCCCAGAAAGAGAAGGAGUUUGUGGCCAGAGUUCGUGCGAGUUCAAGAGUUUCGAGUGGUUUUGCUGAUGAGCCGUUUGGAGGAAUUGCUUCACCUUUUGAGAGUGAGACCCAGACUCAGACCCAAAGCUAUGACGACGGCAUCACUGAGGAGGAUUUGCAUCUCAUUCAGGAGAGAGAAACAGCCAUCAGACAGCUAGAGUCAGACAUCACAGACAUCAAUGAGAUCUUCAAAGAUCUGGCCGUCAUGGUGCAUGAGCAGGGCGAUAUGAUCGACAGCAUAGAGGCCAACGUAGAAAGUGCUGAGGUACAUGUGCAGUCUGCAACACAGCAGCUUGCAAGUGCUGCAAAUUACCAGCAAAAGUCUCGUAAGAAGAUGUGCAUCCUGAUCGUAGUCCUGGCCGUGCUGAUUGUGGUCGUGUCCCUCAUCAUCUGGGCAUCAGUUAAUCAUGGAUAAAACUUCUAAAUUAACCUGAAAAGUCACAGGUGAACACCGAAAAUUCAAACAAAAUUCCUGGUCGUUUGCUGUUAUUUCUGUGAUGUAAAGGUUGGCGUGAGUAAAAAUAUUUUUUGCAAGCAUGAAAAACUAGCUUACGAUGUCAUUGUGACAUCACGCUAUACAAAUAUAUAUAAAUGACAUUUUCUAAACAUUGUUGAUGUUUGAAUCUCCAGAUCUUUACAGUUUUAACUUAUGCAGCAUAAAUGGUAU